UGUUAAUUUAUGGCAGCUGUGGCAUAAACCUUACUUUGGGUGGUGGUCUAAUAAAUUUGUUAAGCACUGUACAUCCUGAAAUGCUAUCAGUACAUGAAACUUUCAAUGAUGGAACCAUACCACCUGUUGUAAACACGACCGACCAGUUUUUUUAAGUCAAGCCUUCUCUUCAGACAUGAAAGAAUCAAGAUUAGAUCAGGCCAUACCAUACAGGAUUUGCAGAGAGUUAGGUCAUAAGCCAUUUGUAGAACAAACAUCCAAAUAUCAUCAUGCUGUCUUUCUGGAGGAGGCUUUCGAUGUACAGUAUAAAAACACAACAUAUGUGGACAAACUCCGAAUCAUAAUUUAAAACAACACAAGCCCAAGAACUGUUUUCAGAGAACAUGAAAGGAAAAUCCCUGAGCGAUGUCAAGAGUUCAAGUUCCUCAGUAUCGGUAUCAACAGCAUCUUCUAGGACAAAUCUCUCAGAAUCUUCAUCAAAACAAAGAGAUGAUUAUUUAGGAUGGAGUCAGGUUGUUUCAACUGAAACACAAUCCUUAUCAAAUGAUUUAAAGGCACUUUCCACUGAAAAAGUAGAAUUUCCAAAGUCAGGUAUUUUUGACAUUAGACAAAAACCAUCUCAAAUCACACUGACCGAGCAAAGUUGCUCAAGUCAGCAACAAUAUCAUUUGCUGUCACCACCCUCACAAAGCAAAAUUUGUGACCCAGCCAAACAAAGCUCAGUAAUCCCCGACUCACUUCAUCCAACCCAUGGAGUCUGCCAAGAUGACCAGAUUGUCCUGCCUGAUGAUUCCACUAAAAAUUCACCAGAGUCUGAGUCCCCUCAGCUUGACCAGUUGCUUUCAGACCUGGAAGAGAUGAAACUUAAGUUUAGACCAGAGUCACUUGACCCCCAUCUAUCAGGAUCCAGCGAUAGGAUCCACGAGGAGGAUCAAAUUUACAAUUUCAGUGACCUGUCAUCUGAAGAUCAUUGUCCACCAGAGGUUAGUGAUGUCUUAAGAGUAAGUACGUCAUCAACUACUCACCUUGCGACAAAUGAAGACCACAAACAGCCUGCACAUAUUCCAAUGUUCAUUCAAGUUGAACCUGAAGUAAUCCCAAGUUUUCAAUCAAGCCACUCCAAAGAUAGAUAUUUAUCCCCUGCUGAGAUGGUUCCAGUUGAAAAAUCCACCGACCUAUGUUUUGAAGGGACUGAACCAUCAAUAAACUUAAGUUUUCCUGAAGACAAUUUCCAGUCCUGGAAAUCUGAAGAGAAUGCUACAGGUACAUUUUCUUCAGCAACCUUACCUGGAGUACCUGCAGAGAGUCAGCCUGAAAUACCUGAAGAACAUCAAACUUAUCUUUGUGAAGAUAACUCCACAUCUGAUACGCUAUCAAGUCAGGAGGUUGAUCCUGCUGAAUCAAGCCUCAACUGUAGGGGUGUGACGGAGGAAGCAUCAAUACAGAGUAUCCAAAUUGACCUGACACAUUUCGGACAGGCUUCUUCUGUUGAAUCUACUCAAAGCGAAAACAUUCAUCCCCAGUCUCUUUCUGAUUUGACUCCAGAAAUGGUUAAACAUGUUAGACAUUUCUGCUUUGAGGAAAUUCUGCCAGUUGCCUCCCAAGAAAACUUUGAGACACCCACAGAUGAGAAAAAAAAGCCUCAAACCUGUGAACUGUUUUCUGAGAAAGCUCUGACUCCAAAUGACCCAGAGUGUUUAGACGCUCAGCCCAUUUCAGUCCAACCCAGAGCAGAGAUGCCUUUAUCUACCACUGAUGAGGGCAGUCACAUCUCACCAGAGUAUGCAGAGACCUCUUCUACCAAUGAUGACUAUACUGACAAAAUUUCCAUGAAAUCUUUACCCAGAGAUUCUGCAAAAAGCCUGUUAGAAACAGCUAAGGAACAGUUGAAUAUACUUGGCAAAGAAAAUUUUUCAUCAGACAUCCUACAAAGUCAAGAAGAAUCAGCUUUGGUAACUAAUGACUCAAGGGGAGCAGCAGAUGAAGUAUCAACCCAAAGUAACCAAGAUGUUCUUGCUCAUUUGGGGAAGGCAGUUUCUGUUGAAUCUACCCAAAGUGAAGAUUUAUCCUCUCAGACUUUUUCUGAUUUGACUCCACAAACUGUUAAACAUGUAAGACAUUUCUGCUUUGAGGAAAUGCUGCCAUCAUCUUCCUCUGGAGAGAGUUCAGAGACACCCCCAGAUGAGGCUCGGCCAAGAAUCAGUAGACAGUUUUCAGAAGAAAGGCUGUCUCCAGUCAAUGCGGACUAUGAGUGUUUGGACUCGCAGACUAUUUCACUUCAAUCAAAAGAAGAAACGACUUCAUCUACCUCUGAUGAUGAGAGUCACAUGUCACCUGCACCUGAGUAUGCAGAGACCAGUCCUACCCGAAAUAACGACACUGACAAAUUUUCUGCCCUAUCUUUACCCAGAGAAUCUAUGAAGGCUCAGUGUAAAACAUCAGAGGAUCAUCUACCUUACCUUUAUCAUGAAGAUACUAAAACUGACAUUCAGCAAAGUCCAAGAGCUGAAUCUGCUUCAUUAACUGAUGACUCCAGGCCUGAGAAGGCAACCUUUGUUGAAUCUACACAAAGUGAAAAGAUUUCUUCCCAGUCUCUUUCAGAUUUGACUCCAGACACAGUUGAAAAUGUCAGGCAUUUCUGUUUUGAGGAACUGUUACCAUUCUCCUCCCAAGGACAUUUGGAGACACCCCCAGAUGAGUUAAGGUCACAGACUAGUGGACGGCUUUCAGAAGACUCUCCCAGUCCAGUUCACUUUGAGUGCUUCAUCAUUGAGCCCAUGUCAAACCGACCUGACGCAGUGAUGGCAUUCUCUACCAUUGAUGAGGGGAGUAACAGCUCACUUGAGAAUGCUGAGUCCACUUCAACCACAGAAAACUACACUGACAAGCCUCCAGAGUAUUCAGAAGUUGUACAUAAAGGCACACACAGCCCAACUUUUGAAUACUCUGACCCUGAGCCGUUCUUUGACUGCAGACAAGCAGCCUCAGACUUUUCAGAGCCUGAUGAACCAGAUGCAAAUAUCUGGUUAAAGGCAGAUCAGUCCCAGAGACAUCUCCGCCAUUCUUUUCCAGAAAAGUUGAAUCGAAGAGUCCUUUUGUCCUCUGGAAGUGAGGAUUAUGAGGAUGCCCCUUUCCUCCCUGAACCACCUCAUAAUGUAGAUGAAGAGAGCAAAGAAUUACUGUGCUAUUCAGAGGAAUCAGAUGAAGAAUUCAGCCUAUGUGAGACUGCUCAACCGCCUCCUGUUGCUAAAAUUGGCACAUUUGAUGCUGAUACAUGUCUGACAAGGGUAAGAUGAAAUUUGGUAAACCACCCCAACCUGCAAGCUUUUCCCAGAACUAAGCUUAACCAAGUACUGCUUCAGAAAAGAAUGACUGCUAACCCUGCAGCUACAUGGAUGGGAUCUAGAACCCUCCUAACCCUUAUUUUGUUUGUUGUUUCAGAUUUAACCAGUCCUUGCUCAGCAUGUCACCAAGUUUUCUCUUGCCAACUGUAUCACUCUAACAAACAACAAAAGCUCAGUGUUUUUCCAAUGUUUUAGUUCCUUAGUUUAAAACAAGCAUGGUUUGAUUUUCUCCAAGUCACAGACUGCCAUGUUGUACUCUCCAUUGUAAGAUGAUCACAGUAACUAAAAAUCUAAAUCAGUGGAAAGUGCACCAUACC